AUGCAGAUGAUCCAGAUUCUCGCUCUCGCCCUCUCCGUGGCGACGGCCGAUGCCGCCUACAAAGGUUUCAACUACGGUGCCACUAAGGCCGAUGGCAGCAGCAAGUACCAGGCCGACUUCAAGAAGGACUUCGCCGCCGCCAAGGCCCUCGUGGGCAACUCCGGUUUCUCCAGUGCCCGUCUCUACACCAUGAUCCAGGGCGGUACCACCAACACUCCCAUCGAGGCCAUCCCCGCCGCCAUCGAGGAGAAGACCACCCUCCUGCUGGGUCUCUGGGCCUCCGGCGGCAACAUGGACAACGAGAUCGCCGCCCUCAAGUCCGCCAUAAGCCAGUACGGUGACGACUUUACCAAGCUGGUCGUCGGUAUCUCCGUCGGCAGCGAGGAUAUGUACCGUAACUCGGUCACUGGCUCCAAGUCCAACGCCGGCCCCGGUGUUGAGCCCGAGGAGCUCGUCUCUUACAUCCAGACUGUCCGCUCCACCAUCUCCGGCACCAGCCUGAGCGACGCCUCCAUUGGUCACGUCGACACCUGGGACUCCUGGACCAACUCUUCCAACUCCGAUGUCAUCCAGCACCUGGACUGGCUCGGCUUCGACGGCUACCCCUACUUCCAGCUCACCAUGGAGAACGGCAUUGAGAACGCCAAGUCCCUCUUCGAGGACUCCGUCGAGAAGACCAAGUCCGUCGCCAAUGGCAAGGAGGUUUGGAUCACUGAGACCGGCUGGCCCGUUAGCGGCCCCCAGGAGGGCGAUGCUACUGCCUCCGCCGCCAACGCUAAGCAGUACUGGGACCAGGUCGGCUGCCCGCUCUUCGGCAACACCAACACCUGGUGGUACAUGCUCGAGGAUGAAGGUGCCAGCCCCAGCUUUGGUGUCGUCAAGAGCGACCUGAGCACCCCCCAGUUCGACCUCUCCUGCUCUAGCUCCAGCUCCAGCUCCUCCAGCGCUGCCGCUGGCUCUAGCUCUACCGCUGCUGCCGGCUCUACCUCCACCGGCAGUGCCACCUCUGACAAGGCUCUGGCUCCGGCUCUAGCUCUGGCUCCUCCUCCGGCUCUGCUGCCUCUUCCUCCUCCACCGCCUUCAACGCUGCUGCCCGUACCUCCGGCACUGGCUCCACCUUCGGUGCCAUCGUCGCUGCCGCCGUUCUGGCCAUUGCUGUCUAAAAGCAUCUCUUUUGGUGUCGAGGAGUGA